AUGUCUACCCCUGCCCGCCGGCGCAUUGUUGGCGUCUCAACAAAGAUGUACUUCUCGGCAUCGCGCACAGAAUCCUAUGUCUUGGACCUGCUAGCCCAACUAUCAGCAUCCCCCAAGAUCACAGAGGAGAUCGACGUGUUCAUCAUUCCCGACCAUGUCACGCUCACCUCCGUCAUCUCGCAGCUACGCACCACUCGUGUCCUCACAGGGGCUCAGGACUGCUUUUUUGAAGACGCCGGUGCUUAUACCGGCGAAGUGUCUCCCGCUGUUCUCGCUGAAGUGGGUUGCCGUAUCGUGGAGCUUGGACAUGCGGAACGGAGGCGCAUCUUCGGAGAGACAGACGGAGACGCAGCCAAAAAGGCAGCUGCCGUCGCUAGAAACGACAUGAUCCCGCUUGUAUGCAUCGGCGAGAGGACGAGAGGCGAGGUGAGCGUGGCGGUCGACGAGUGCGCCGUGCAGGUUGAAGCCGUCAUGGCGGCAGUUCCAGGCGAUAAGGAAGUCAUAUUGGCUUAUGAGCCUGUAUGGGCGAUUGGUGCUGCAGAGCCAGCUGGUGCUGAGCAUGUAGUGAGCGUAACGCAAAAGAUUAGAGGUCUAGAAUGUGUCAGUCGACGAAAGGGGUUGACAAGAAUCCUCUACGGAGGUAGCGCCGGUCCGGGGCUGUUUGAGAAAUUAAAAGACGGUGUUGAUGGUCUGUUCUUGGGCAGAUUUGCUCAUGAUCCUGCCCAGUUUCACAAAACUAUUCAGGAGAUCGCAGAAGCAUAA